UGAUCUUCAUCUCUCCCUCUACCGUACAUCACCCACUACACUUCAUCACCAAAACUCUACACCUACAUCUACACAUUGCAAUCAUGGUCAAAGUUGGCGACACCCUCCCGUCUGGCUCCGUCCAAGAGGGAGCACCUGACAGGACUGUCGACCUCUCCCAAGUUCUCAAGGACGGCUACCUCAUCGGCGUGCCAGCCGCCUUCUCCCCCACCUGUUCGCAAGGCCACAUCCCCAAGUACGUCACCAAGGCGCGAGGCGGCAGCAGCGCGCCAGUCUACGUGAUCGCGGUCAACGACGCCUUUGUCAUGAACGCGUGGCACGAGUCGCUCGACCCGCAGAAAGAUUCGGGCGUGCACUUCGUCGCCGACCCGGCCGGCGAGUACGUCAAGAAGCUCGACCUGCUCUUCGAUGCCACGGGCCUGCUGGGCAACCACCGCGCGCACCGCUUCGCCAUUGCCGUCAAGGACGGCAAGGUGCAGAAGCUGGACGUCGAGCCGGAUCCGACGCAGGUCACCACCACCUCUGCCGAGCGGGUCUUGUGACUACGUGACGCAAAGGAGAAGCUGUGAACCUGGCGGAAGGGAAUGAUUUUGGAAAGAUUAACGCUGAAAUUGGUGGUUGAGUAGAUUCAUGUAGACAUCUUGAACUUUUGCUCGCCUCCAUCAAGCAGUUUCCCGUGCCC